AUGGCGGCCAAGGAGCGGAAAGACGUCAGCUACUUCGGCGCCGGGCCGGCCCUGCUUCCCACCGACGUGCUCGACCAGGCGGCCCAGGCCCUGCUCAACUUCAACGGCACCGGCCUCGGCAUCGCCGAGCACUCACACCGCUCCGCCCUCGCCGCAAACAUCAUCAACGAGGCCAAGGCCGACCUCGCCUCCUACCUCGACGUCCCUGACGACUACGAGGUCCUGCUCAUGCAGGGCGGCGGCAGCGGCCAGUUCUCCGCCACCGCCCUCAAUCUCGUUGGCUCCUGGAAGCUGCGCAGCCGCGUCGAUGCCGACCUCAAGCUCGACUACAUCGUUACCGGCAGCUGGUCGCAAAAGGCCGCCGCAGAGGCCGCCAGGCUGCUGGGCCCCGAGCACGUCAACAUUGUGAGCGAUGCCCGCAAGCACAACGACGGCAAGUUUGGCCUCAUCCCCGACGAGAGCACCUGGUCCCUGUCCCAGGACGCCGCCAUGGUCUACUACUGUGACAACGAGACGGUUGAUGGCGUCGAGUUCCCCAACUUUCCCAAGUCGCUGGCUCCGGGCUCGGACGGCAGCGGCCCCAUUGUCGUCGCCGACAUGUCGUCCAACAUUCUCUCGCGCAGAGUCCCCGUCCGCAACUUUUCCGUCAUCUUCUUCGGUGCCCAGAAGAACCUGGGGUCUACUGGCAUCACCGUCGUCGUCGUCAAGAAGAGCCUGUUGCCCCAGCCCUCGUCCGCCCUGAUGAGGGCACUGGCUCUGCCGCAGCCGCCGGUCGUCUUGCAGUACGAGACGAUCGCCAAGAACAACAGCCUGUACAACACCCUCAGCAUCUUUGACGUCUACGUGGCCGGCCUGGUCCUCAAGAAGCUGCUCGCUACCUACCCAGACAAGGUCGAUGGGCAAGAGAGCGUGUCCAAUGAAAAGGCCAAGCUCAUCUACGACGCCCUCAACGCCAACCCUGACGCGUACCGAGUGGUGCCCGACAAGUCGGUGCGCUCGCGGAUGAACAUUUGCUUCCGCGUCACAAGAGGCGGCGACACGGACGCGGCCGAGAAAGCGUUCCUAGCCGAGGCGGACAAGCUUGGGCUGACGGGGCUCAAGGGCCACCGCAGCGUGGGGGGCAUCCGGGCGAGCAACUACAACUCGAUCUCGCGGGACGAGGCCGAGAAGCUGGCCAAGUUUAUCGAGUCGUUUGCCAGGGCGUGA